AUGCCUUUCGACCUUUCGAAAUGUGCGAGGCCAAACAUCCUCGCCCUCGAGCCGUAUCGUUGUGCCAGAGAUGACUACAAGGAUGACGGCACGAACGUCCUUCUUGAUGCCAACGAGAACGCCUAUGGUCCUGGACUGGCCUUGACGGACGAUGGAAAACUCGCCAACGGCAAUGCAUCUAGCAUUGAAGUCGAUCUGCUCGGCCUGAAUCGUUAUCCUGAUCCUCACCAGCACGAGUUGAAACAAGAGCUCUGCAAGCUGAGAAACACUCACGUCCAUACGAAGAAAAAUAUCACUCCAGACAACCUCUUCGUGGGAGUCGGCAGUGAUGAGGCCAUCGAUUCGCUCAUGCGUGCAUUUUGCGUUCCUGGCAAGGAGAAGAUCCUUACUUGUCCUCCAACCUACGGCAUGUACUCUGUAUCCGCACAAGUGAACGAUGUCGAGGUCGUCAAGGUUCCUCUGGAUGUCGAUAACGACUUUAAAGCUCAGCCAGACAAGAUCAAUGAAACUCUUGCAGCCGACCCGUCAAUCAAGAUGGUAUAUCUUUGCAGUCCUGGUAACCCAACUGGCAGCCUCGUCCGCAAGGAAGACGUGCAAAAGGUCCUCGAGCAUCCCACCUGGAAUGGUAUCGUCAUCCUCGAUGAGGCGUACAUCGACUUCGCACCCGAAGGUGCAUCGCUCGCUGAGUGGGUCGCCGAGUGGCCAAACUUGGUCGUGAUGCAGACUCUCUCGAAAGCUUUUGGUCUUGCUGGCAUUCGGUUGGGAGCAGCUUUCACAAGUCCAGAGAUCGCAAAAGUGUUGAACAGCCUGAAAGCACCUUACAAUGUCUCGAACCCAACGUCUCAGCUGGCCAUACAGGCUUUGCAACCGCAAAACCUCAAGGUCAUGCAUCAAAACCGAGAGCACAUAAUUCAACAGCGAGAUCGAUUACUGUCAGAAAUGCCGAAAAUCAAAGGCGUUGGUCGAUUCCGAGGUGGUACGGCAAGCAACUUCUUACUCGUUGAGAUGACCGACACAGAAGGAAAGCCCAGCAAUGAAGUUGCUCUGCAAGUAUAUGAACGUCUCGCGGAAAAGAGAGGCGUGGUCGUGCGAUUCAGAGGCAAGGAGCUCGGCUGUCUGGGAUGUUUGAGAGUUACUGUUGGAACGGGGAGCGAGGUGACUCGAUUCCUCCAGGAGUUGAAGAACGUCCUGGACGACAUCCACGCCGGAAGAGUAAGCCAGCAUUCUAAGGAGCGAGAAGAGGCGAAUGAAAAGGAGGCGAAUGGCGUGGUUGCAUAG